AUGGAGACGCUAGAGAGAAUUCAACCAAACAGGCAAGUAAUGGUCUUUAUUUUGAUGGUGUUCUUGUCUCAGGCUCUUGCUGAGCCUAUUCGUUAUUCUGUGAUGGAAGAAACAGAGAGUGGCUUCUUUGUAGCCCAUCUGACCAAGGAUCUGGGCCUGGGAAUUGGGGAACUGGCCGCCCGGUCGGCCUGGGUGGUGUCUGAUGAUGACAAACAGCGCUUGCAGCUGGAUCGUCAGACUGGAGAUUUGCUUUUGAGGGAGAAACUAGACCGGGAAGAGCUAUGUGGCCCUAUUGAACCGUGUGUACUGCAUUUCCAAGUGUUCCUAGAAACGCCGGUUCAAUUUUUUGAAGGAGAAUUAUCAAUCCAGGACGUAAAUGACCACUCCCCAGUAUUCCCGACUGGGGAAAUGCUCUUGAAAAUACCGGAAAACAGCCAACCAGGGACUCUGUUUCCGUUGAAAUUAGCUCAGGAUUUGGAUGUGGGCAGCAACGGUCUUCAAAAAUACACUAUCAGCCCCAAUUCUCAUUUUCAUGUUCUAACUCGAAAUCACAGUGAAGGUAAGAAAUACCCAGAUUUGGUGCAGGACAAACCGCUGGAUCGAGAAGAGCAGCCUGAGUUCAGCUUAACCCUCACGGCACUGGAUGGUGGGUCUCCACCUAAGUCUGGCACCAUCACAGUGCGAAUCCUGAUCAUGGACGUCAAUGACAAUGCUCCAGAGUUUGUGCACACCCCAUAUGAGGUGCAGGUCUUGGAAAACAACCCCCUAGACUCCCCAGUACUUAGUGUCUCAGCUAGAGAUGUAGAUGCUGGAAACUUCGGGAGUGUUUCCUAUGGCUUGUUCCAAGCAUCAGAUGAAAUUAAACAAACUUUCUCAAUAAAUGAAGUCACAGGAGAAAUCCGACUGACAAAGAAACUGGAUUUUGAACAAAUUAAAUCUUACCACGUGGAAAUUGAGGCUAUAGACGGAGGAGGUCUUUCUGGAAAAGGCACUGUAUUCAUAGAUGUGGUGGAUGUGAACGACAACGCCCCUGAACUUACCAUAUCUUCACUCACCAGCUCCGUCCCAGAAAAUGCUCCUGAGACUGUAGUCUCUAUCUUCAGAAUUCGAGAUCGAGACUCUGGAGACAAUGGAAAGAUGAUUUGCUCUAUACCAGAUAAUCUGCCGUUCCUUCUGAAACCGACUUUCAAGAACUUUUACACCCUAGUUACUGAGAGACCACUGGACAGAGAGAAAAAUACAGAAAAGAACAUUAGUGAUAUGUGGGAUAUAAUGAAAAACUCUAACAUACAUAUGAUUGUAAUCCUAAAAGGAGAGGAGAUACUAGGAAUAGACAAUAAGCAAUGUUUGAAGAGAGAAUGA